UUUAAAAAUGUAUCUCCAUCAUUCGAGUUAAGGCUCAUUUUUAUUCUAUUCUUAAAUAAUUUUAAUUAUGAUUGUGUAAUUGUGUAUAUCAUCCAACUAAUAAUAGUUGUAUAACUUGUUUAUGUUUAUAAAUUUGGACUAUAAAAUAUUAAAAAUGUCUGUGUUAUUCAAUCGUAUUCAGCAAGCCACAGAAUGGGUAGAACAAAAUACUGAUCCUGAUAUGAAAGAGCUUUGGCUUAUGGGAUCAAUAUGGCCAAUUACAAUCAUAGUGAUUUCUUAUUUGUAUUUUGUUCUUAAACUUGGUCCGGAAUUCAUGAAGUAUCGUAAUCCUUUCAAUAUUGACCGCAUUGUUAUGAUUUAUAAUGCAGUACAAGUUGUAUUUUCUAUGUACUUGGUGAAAGAGGCAUUUAGAUUGGUGUGGCUGCGAGACGAUUACCGAUUCUAUUGCAUUGAAAAAAAUAAAAAUGACCCUGAAAUAGCAAAUCAACAAGUAAUUACUGUUUGGCUGUUUCUCGCGAGUAAAUUUCUUGACCUCCUAGACACAGUCUUUUUUAUACUAAGAAAAAAACAAAAUCAAGUAACGUUUUUACAUGUUUACCAUCAUACGUUGGUUAUAACGUUCGGCUGGGUCUUAACUAAUUUUUAUCCAGGAGGACAAGCCGCAUUCUUUGGUACCAUUAAUGCAUUUGUGCAUGUUAUAAUGUAUAGUUACUAUUUUUUGACUACAAUAAACCCAGAAUAUAAAAAAGCAUGGUGGAAAAAAUAUUUAACCACUAUACAACUGGUGCAAUUCGUUAUUACUGGAAUACAUGGAAUAAUAACGCUGUUUGAACCUGACUGCAAUUACCCUAGAUUAAUAAUGUUAUUAGCAAUUCCACAAGAUAUAUUUAUGUUCAUUUUAUUCUGGGACUUUUAUAAAACAGCAUACAUUAAACCAAAGAAGCUUAAACAAAUGUCAAUUCUAUAUCACAAAGUGUCCGAUCUUUUAGAAUGGAUAGACAAAAAUGGAGAUUCAAGAAUUAAAGAUAUGUGGUUAAUGGAUUCUCCGUGGCCAGUUUUGAUCAUUCUUGUCGCAUAUCUAUACUUUGUUCUAAAAGCUGGUCCAAAAUUCAUGGAAUAUCGUAGCCCAUUGAAAGUUGAUCGUAUUGUAAUGGUGUACAAUGUUAUUCAAGUUUUAUUUUCAGCGUAUCUAGUAAAAGAGGCAUUUCGGUUAAUAUGGCUUCGAGAUAACUACAAAAUAAACUGCAUUGAAAUUGAUUAUAGCGAUACAGAUGUAUCUAAAGGGAUAAUACGUGCUGUUUGGGUUUAUUUCUUUUCUAAAGUCUUAGAUUUGCUCGACACGAUAUUCUUCAUAUUACGUAAAAAGCAAAAUCAAGUAACAUUUUUACACAUAUAUCAUCAUACAAUGGUCUUGAUAUUUAGCUGGGGUAUAAUAAGAUUCUAUCCAGGAGGGCAAAUUAUUUUGUUUGGGACUAUCAAUGCAUUUGUUCACGUUGUGAUGUACAGUUACUACUUCUUGACAAUUUUGAAACCAGAGUACAAAAAAGCAUGGUGGAAAAAAUACUUAACACAAUUGCAACUGAUUCAAUUCGUUAUCACAGGUCUUCACGGUUGUUUAGCAUUAUUGGCAACGGACUGCAAUUAUCCCAAAUUGAUAAUUGCAUUAGCAAUGCCCCAAGAUAUGUUUAUGUUUAUUUUGUUCUGGGACUUUUAUAAAAAAGCUUAUAGACAACCCAAAAAUAAACUGACUUAAUUAUUUAUCUAAA